AUCACAUACGUCGAGAGGCGGUUCUUUACGUGUGUCGUUACCACAGAGAUGAUGUUUCGCGUUAGUUCCCCGUAUUUGUCCACUGAGUCAACGGAGUACUUUCACUGGGUAUCAGGAGGAUCGUGUUGGUUAAAUUAAAACACCACCGUGAAAGUGGAUUUAUCAGCAAUGGUGCCACCCAGCUUCUGAAGUUUUCAAAGGAUGCAUGCGACACGCAGCCCGUCAUCCAUCCCAACGGGCGUCUCGGGCGAUGCCCUGGACCUCAGCUUGUCAGGCUCCCAGCUCUCUAUGUCCAAAAGACCCAGCAGUGCCUCCCCUGGGAAGUGCUUCUCUCGGUCCGUGUCGGUUUCCGUGGCUAGUGACAGCCGAGGAAAACGCAACACCCUGAGCGAUGUCAGCUUUGGUAGCUCGCGCUCCAUCAAGAACCUGAGGCGCUCCAACAGCACCACUCAGGUUAAUCAGCAGGCCAACAUCAGUUUAAGUCAGGAACCGAGUGAGGACUACCUGGCCCUGUUUGACAGCAGCUCAGAUGGACGCAAGAAACUGGCCAGCCUCAGCAAAGCCUCGCCAGACAGAACCACGUGGAACAUCCUGGACGAUCAGCCCAGAGUCUUCCCCGUGCACUCGAGCCCCCGCAGCACUGGCAGCGUGGACACCCCCCCCGGCCUGAAGAAAAGAGAGCCUGGCAUCGCUCUGGCUGCCACCUUCACUGCCAACAACAGGAGCAACAAGGGAGCAGUGGGGAACUCUGUCACCACCAUCUUACACAACAACUACUCUGAGAAACCACUUACGCCAAAGAGCUCCAACCAGAGGCCAUCGUUUAACAACAUCCUGAAGGCCACAGCAAACGACGAGGUGUCACAAGACAACAGCUCGCUGACAAAGUCCCAGAAGAACUUCUCUUCAGCUUCCUCCACCUCAAACAACAGGUCUCCGGUGUCGGCCCAGCACGGCAGCCCCGUCCUGUCUCGAAGGAGGGAGGUCACUGAGGAGGAGGCCGAGAGGUUUAUUCAGCAGGUGAACCAGGCUGCAGUCACCAUCCAGCGCUGGUACAGACGCCAUGCCCAGAGACAGCACACUAACCAGGCAGCGCUCAAACGCAUCCUUGCCAGCAAAAGAAAGGAGUGGGAGGAGAGAACAGAGGAGGACGGUCACCUGGAGCCGCAGCAGAAAAAGGACGAAGACAGGAAACGGAUUCGUGAGGAGAAAGCUCGUUUGGCCCGCCUGGCUGCCAUCCAGGAGCUGCAGCAGAAAAGAGCGCGGCGGGUUGGCGAGGUGCAGCAUGCAGCUGAGGUGGAGCUGGAAAGCUCGAGGCAGCCAGGUGUGGCUGGACGGAAGAAGCAGCCCAAGAUUUCUCUGAGCAACAAAAGUCCAGCCUCACCGAGCAACAACAGCCCAAUGUCUCCCACAGACGUCAAAGCUAAGAACACAGACUCCAAUUUGAAUGUUGUGACCGACUUUGCUGAGCUGAGCUUCAGAGCCAUUUCCCCAGCUUCGUCCAAUCACAGAGGCUCUCAGUGUUCCCAGGAUCAGGAGGACAGAGCGGAGGUAGACAUUUGCCCGGAGCAGCAGCAUCAGCAGAACGACAGGAAAUUCAUUCGUAAAGAGAAAGCUCGUCUGGCCCGCCUCGCUGCCGCCCAGGUGAACACGUCUGAGGGGCUACAGCAGAAAAGAGCCCAGCAGGUUGCAGAGGCACAGCAUGCAGCUGAGGUGGAGCUGGAAAGCUCAAGGCAGCCAGGUGUGGUAGGACGCAGGAAACCACCCAAGAGUUCUCUAAGCAGCAAAGGUCCAGCCUCACCGAGCAACAACAGCCCGAUGUCUCCCACAGACGUGAAAGCUAAAAACACGGACUCCAAUUUGAAUAUUGUGGCUGAGUUGGGUGAGCUGUCCAGCUUCAGAGCUGUUUCGCCAGCUUUGUCCAAUUGCAGAGGUUCCCAGUGUUCCCAGGAGAUUCUGCAGAGGUCGGUGAGUGUGGAGGACCAGCGGCAGGGAGCGUUGUCCAGCAGGGCUCAGUCCAAAACCACCCUCAACGAGCUGCUGGACACCCUGAAGCUGUUAGAGGAGGAGCCAGAGAGGCUGUCGGAGCCUAAGUGCUACAGCAAAGAGAAAUACGCCUGGAUAGAUGAGGACGUAGACUCCACCUCUCUGACCACUGACAACCUGGAGCGUCACGGCCAGCUAAGUCACCAUCCGGCCCUGCCAGAUGGGGGCGCCCUGCUCUCCGAGGCCAAGCUGCAGAGCAUCAUGAGCUUCCUGGAUGAGAUGGAGAAGUCUGAACAGGAGAGACCACGCUCGGUUACUUCAGGGUCUCACAGAGAGGCUGUGUUGUCGGAGGAGGAGCUGGUUGGUGUCGAGCAGGCGUCUGCCACCGCCGCCGAAAUCACUGGCUCCAUGAUGAGGAUCAAGCUGGAGCUGGAGGAGAAAAAACGCACAGUCAACAUGCUGCAGAGCGCACUGGCCCAGCAGAGGGAGCUCACGGUGAGACAUGUGAAGGAGACCGAGAAGGAGCUGAACAGAAACUUCCAGCUCCAGAAGGAACAAUUUGAAGCCACUAUCCAGAGACACCUCACAUUCAUUGAUCAGCUGAUCAAUGAUAAGAAGAGUUUAAAUGAGCGCUGUGAAGGAGUGGUGGGAGAACUGAAGCAGGUGGACCAAAAGUACACCAAGAAGAUCGCACAAAUGCAGGAGCAACAUGAAAUGGUGUGGCAAAUUCUGGGUCCCUUGUGUGAGGAAAUCAAGAAGUUAAAAGAGCUUAUGAGUGCCACGGAGAAGAUCCGCCGGGAGAAAUGGAUUGACGAAAAAACCAAGAAGAUUAAAGAGAUUACUGUCAAAGGUCUGGAGCCAGAGAUCCAGAAGCUGAUUUCCAAGCACAAACAGGAGCUGAAAAAGCUGCGGACACUCCACGAGGCGGAGCUGUUGCAGGCGGACGACCGCGCGGCCCAGCGCUAUGUCCGCCAGUGUGAGGAGCUCCGCCUACAGCUGGAGAGGGAGAAGGACGAGCAGAGUCAGAGAGAGAGGGAACUAGCCAAGCAGAGGUAUGAGAAGCAGCUUCAGGAGGAGGAGCUGUCCCUGCAGCAGCAGAGAAGGCGACUCUACAAGGAGGUGGCCGAUGAGAAGGAGAGGCUGGCUCAGCUGGCUGCAAGGCAGCGCGCUGAGCUGGAGGAUCUGCGGAGACAGCUGGAGGACAACAGCUCUCUGGCUGGACGAGCUCUCAGAGAGGAGCUGGACAAGACCAGAGAGGAACAGGAGAGGAGACACCAGGUGGAGAUGAAGGCAUUACAAGAACGUCUGGACAUCGAAAAGCAGACCUGGGAGGAAAACUACAAGAAAAAAGAGGAAGCCUGGCUGCUGAGCCGGGAGCGCGAACUGAAAGAAGAGCUGCGGCGAGAACGCGACAAAGAGAUUGAGCUCGCCAUCUGGACGCUGGAGGAGGAGACCAGCAAGGACAAAGAGCAGUGUGAGAGGGCAGCUGAAAACAGGGUGAAGCGUGUGAGGGAAAAAUACGAGACGGAGCUGAGGGAGCUGGAGCGCUCCGAGAGGACGGCUGUGGAGAAACAACAGGAGUUGAGGAAGCAGCAGAUGGAGAUGGAGGGAGAGCUGAUCCGACUCCAGGCCCUGCUCCGACAGAAAGAACAGGAGACGGAAGACAUCACACAGACCAGGGACAAGCUGGUGACGGAGCGCCGGAGCCUGGCCGAGGUGAUCAGGCAGGAGUUUGCCGACCGGCUGGUGCUGACGGAGGAGGAGAACCGCAGGAUGAAAGUGGAGGUGUCGGAAGUCCGAGCGAGGCUACGGCUCGAGGUGGAGAGAGUCACUCGGGAGAAGGAAGAGGAACUGGCGGAAGUCCACCAACGGGUGAAGGCGGCCAUCUUGAAGAAGGAAGAGACUGUCAAUAACCUCCGGAAGCAGCAUGAGGCGGCCCUGAAGAGGGCGGAUCACCUGGAGGCCCUGUGGGAACAACAGAGGAAGCAGCUGUUGGAGAAGUAAUUGACAGAAAGGCUAUAUCUGUCUGGACCUCUUCUCUCCUCUACUCCCUCCCCCCCUGCCCCUCUGCCUCCACUCUGAGGUCUAUACAUUGUGUCACUCAAGCCCCCAUCUGAUUUCUUUUUCCCCCUUUUGGAUGUUACUCUCUGCAAGAUUGAACCUGUGGAACUUCAGAAGGUUGAACAAGUGACUGAACCUUGUCCUACCUCAUUUGAAAAAUACAAAAAUGGGGAAAUGCACUGGGCCUCACUCAAAAGCCCCCCCCCCCCCCCCCCAGGCUGAGCGUGAGAGUUUUGUGUUGAAAACUUCCCUAAUUUAAAUGCCACAGACCAGGUGGCACCACCACAUGAAAAGAUUGCGGAUGAACUUCCCCUUCCUCUUCCCUCUCAAGAGGAAGAUUGCUGCAUUUCUUUGUGACCGUACCUUCCCCCCCAUCUUUUCCUCACUCGCUCCCUCCGUGUUCCCCCCCCCCAGAGCUGCCACGGAGAACAGUUCCAGAUGUUUCUGAAACCAGCCUAAGGCCUGCGCUGGUAGUAAGAGAGAGGGUGCGGGGGGGGGGGGGUUGCUCUGUCUGGAGGACCAAGGACCACUUACAACCACAUCAACACUACAACGUUCUGGAUUAAAAACAAAUGUCUUUUGCUACGUUUAAGCCUCCCGUGCACACUACUGCGGCGUUUUCAACCCCCUAAAACGGAGACAUUAGGAAACAGCGACGCCCCCGUUUUGGUUUGAAAACUCACUGGUUUGGACACAAACGGACACCUUUGGAGAACUUCCUUUAUUUUCAACAAAUACAUCUAUGAUUUUCCAGAGUGAUGUCAUACAAUCUGCUUCCUGUUUACACUGGCAUGCAGAUGCCCAGUGUGUGUGAAUGGUCAUGUGAUAUUUGUUUGUCAGAUGUGUUUAUGUGGACAAAGAUUAGUUCUGCUACUGGAGCUAAAACUCUUCUGUGGAUGGAGUUUUUGUCUAAAAAAUGAAAACUUCACAGUGCAGAUGUAGCCUCCGAUGAGUCAGCACCAGAGCUACAGUCUCAGCUUCUGUUUGUACCAAGUCAAGCUCCUUGUGUUCUCUUUUGUCUGUUGAUUCAUGCGUUUUUGUCCCAGUGCCCCCUCAGGGCGAGUGCUAAUUACAGGAUCCAUACCCUCAACCUUUGCUACAGCCCCGUGACUUGCUCUAAACAGUGUGUCUUAAAACCAAAAUUUGGAUCUUACAAAGAAGUGAGAAGUGAUGUACUAACACUGGUUACAGGCCAAAGGCAGAGUGCAUGUAGAGUGUUGCUAAAAAAAGAGAGAUAAUAGGAGAAGGUAGCUUAAAGGAAACGGGAUGUCUGAUGGCAUGUUUGAGGUCAACACAGAUGAUUGUAGAGUGGCUUUGAAAGUUUCUGAAUGUGAGGAAGAAAGAAGAGAGAGGGAAGAAAGAAUGUGCAUAGAAAAUGUUUAUAGGAUUAGGAAAGCAGAGCUGGGACCGAGCGGGGGCACAAGGCAUGGGACCGGAGGUAUUUUAAAAGCCAUAUUGGCUUUCUGAUUCAGAGGCUGCACUGUGACAAAAUGCAUCAAACUCAACAGUUAAAGGGAGGCUUGAGACACACACACACACACACACACACACACACACACACACGUAGGUAAACUCUCUUAGUUUGAAUACUAGGGCUGCACAAUAUGAGUACGAUUUGUAGGCCGGGACGUCCCUGCAGCACCACAGUAACUAAUUCCUACUGGUUUGAUGGGAUGUGUUGCCUGUAACAAAUACUGCGCCUGUGGUAUUAUAAUAGUCCAAAUUGCGAUUAACUGUGCAGCCCUAUUGAAUACUCUAGCUCUGUUUUGUAAUUCUUUCAGAAGCCGCCGUCUCUCAGCACUUUGCAAAUUUGUAUUUCUUUGAUUUUGUUUUGUUUUAUUUUCUUAUCCCUUACAAUUCUUGAAGAUACAUUUAUAGCCCCUUUCACGGACACAAAAAAGUCUUUGUGGAUAAGAUUUCAGUUAGAACGGUCCAUAGCAGGACUUAGUGAGGGGUGGGGGGGGAGUGUCGCAGAGAGAAACUCUAAACCUGGAUGUAAAGCCUGUUAUUUAAGUGCAACAGGAUGUGAAAGACCACACUCUGAUGUGAUGCUAAAGGCCCCAAAUGAGACCUCGCAUGAGAAAAUAUUUAUUCUCUUUCUCUUUUCUUUACUUAUUUUCCAGUUCAGCCCUCUUACAUGAGCCUUUGUAGUGUGAUUGGUCCACGGGAAAGUUGAGCAUUUGAAGUAUUGUUUCUCAGAGCUGGUCAACACAUCGAGUGUUUGUUACUUACUGAGCAGAGCCUCUAACUGCCAUGGUAAAACUAUAACUAUGCCAUUUGUAGAUGGUUUAAAAUACAGUAUGUCAGGUUUUUUCUGACAUGGAAGUUGUCCGAGCCACAAUGUAAAAGAGUUUAUAUGAAGUGUAGUGUAGGGGAAGGCUAGGGGGUUAACGUAGUGAAGCUUUAUGGGUAAUGUAUUUUCUGACCUCAGAGGCAUGUUGUUAAGUCGUUGCUGUCGGGCAAAACUCAGACAAAAUCCCCUCAUCACUGUUUAAAUAUACGUAAAAACCUACAGAUGGUAGUAAAGGGUGACCAGUAGCAAUGAUUCAUGGAAGAAGAAAAAAAUAAAAUGCAAUACGGAGAUAGCGUACAAGGUUUCUGCCCGACAGCGACAAUAAUACGGAAGUUGUUUCCAACCCUCAUAGAACAGAAAUAGAACAAAUCCCAGUUUUAGAGUCUUUUUUUUUAACGAGGCACAGGUGGUUGAUACGUGUCACACGGCGCUGGGACCGAGGCUGGCGGUGAGUCAUGACGGGGACGUCGGGGUGGAGGCCCGCGGGCCUGGGGGCACCCCCCCGCUGCUCUGCCGCUGUUGGCAGCAGACAGGGUUGCUGGCCUCGGACCUGGGCGGGGGGGGAGUUGGCAUUCCUUGCACAUGUCCGUCCCACAAGUGCCAAUGAGCCUAGCCUUUGUGUGUGUGUGUGUGUGUGUGUGUGUGUGUGUGUCACGCCACUCCUCCCAUUUUGACCUGAGAUGACCCUCAUGGUGUCAGAUACACACAAAGUACCCAGUUAUUUUUUAUUCUUUGUAUACACAUCAUUCCAGCUGUCAUCGGUUAUUUUUUUGAUUCGGUUCCAUUUCCACAUGUACACCCCUCUGUGCCCAAACACGUAGCUCUUGAAAACACUGUUUUCUUAUCUCGUUUUAGUUUUGUUUUUAUUGUUAAUCAUGUUGAU